UUGCUAUAAGAAGGGGCAGAUGGACAAAGGUCUUAUUAUAAUAGGAAAGGGCUUGUCAAAAGGAACAGGAGGCCAUCACCACUUCCCUGCGAAAUCAGAAGAUUCCCUUCCAGCCAAUUUUACCAAAAAUGUUCAAGGAGCAAUUCAGAGUUACAACAGUGAAUCCACUGUAUUUGAUACGUCCAGUGGGCAGACCACACCAACAGAUCUUAAUAACUCUUGGUCUGCAAUCCAAAGUUACACCACUAGCCUCUCCACGGAGUGCAGCUCAGUCUACUCCUGGCGAGAUGAUGAGUUUGAUAAGGUAAACACCCGCACGGUAGAUCAGUUGUUCUGGGAAAUCGAUGAGAUGCUGUUUGAGGGAAAGGUGAGCUCUCGUACCCAAAGUCUUCAGACUGAAUGCAGAGAAUGGACUAAACUUUCACCCCAACUUAGGAUUAUAGGAACACAGCUUUUGUUGCCGAAAGAUGAAGGUUUUCAGCAUUUUCAGAGCAGAGGAAACAGUUCCAUGGUAACUAGGCCAUUGCUGAGUUUCUGUGACAGCAGCAGCGAUAUGAAAGAGCUCUGCCUCUCAGGCCACCGUUUGGUUCCCACCCAUUCUCCCUUUCACAGUGGAUCAGAGUCAGACUCCACUGUCAGUUCACUCCAUUCAAACUCAUCUGACUUCUCAUUCCUGGAGGAGGAAAUCUAUGACAUGGAUGGAAAAAUUGAAGAAUAUUUUGCAUAUGACAGCAAAGAAUGUGAUGAUGAGAGCUUGGAACAAAAGAAAGUUCAGCUAGCUCAGAGGAGAAAUAAACGAGGCAUUCCCCCCGUUUCGCCCAACGACUGCAUUAAGGAUGCUGUAUCUGCAGAGAUAUUUGACAACAUCUGGCGGGAUGUGAUUGAGAUGUUGGAGGAGCUGAUCAGGAAACACUGGGAGACUACUUUUUCAGAUGAAGAUAAGCAGAUAGUGAAUAUGCAGCACGUAACAUUGAGCAAACUUCCUCGAGUCAGUACUGUGACAAACAGUAGUGUUCCACCAUCUAGAGGAUCUGAGACACGGAGCCUGGCUCUUGGUGCUUCCUUCAUCCACUCUCAGGCUCAUCGUAUGGCAAUCAGUUACCGCAGUAACUUACAUGGUGUUAUGACAAUUCAAGCCAAACCACUUCAACAAAGACAUGCAGGAAUAUUUGAUAAAACCCAGUGUGACCAGGAUGAUAAGCAGCUCAGUACGGGCUCCACUAUUUUAUCUACAAUAAGAAAUCGUCUAGGACGUGGGACAGAUCACAGUACUUUUUCAUCACCCCGCAUCUUACAGCUAUCUGCAAGGAGACCAGCUACACAACGUAAGCUGCCAGCACUCGGUUCCGAGCUGUUAAGGUCAAAAAACACCAAUGUCUACAGCGAUGAGAUUCUCAGGGGAACAAAACUACACACUGGCAUUGAUCGACUCUCCUCUCCUUCAGUACAGACUGCUCGCAAUAACCAGUUACCUCCCAUUAAUUCAGAGCCAGCGGAAGCACACUUUUCAGGCCCUGGGUCAAGGCACCAGCUGAAAGGACGAUUUCCACACAGCUGGGUCUCGAGUGCUUCAGGGGAAGGAGCUGGACGUCGACCUUUUAGGGAGAGACCUGUCUCCAUGGAUACAUUUUCAAGACCAAAUACAACCCACACAUUUAGGUCUGACACACCGUUCAAACGAUCUUUCACACCAAUGGACUACGCCAGCCAUACACGGACAGGCCGAGGUUCCCUUACAGAUCACGUUGGAAUUGGCGUUACUGGCACCAGUCUGGGGAUUUCUGCUUCCACUUCCAGUUACUAUACAGAUUCCGUACAUCACUAUCAUCAUCUAUUAAAACAGUCACCUGUUGAAGGAGAUGAGGAAGAGUAUCAGUCAACAUGGGGUCCACAAGUUCAUUUACAGCCCAAGACAUUUCAUCGACUUCCUACAAGUUCCAAAAAGAGAUCUCAGGUAGUUUCAUAAGUGCAACAAGUCCGCUGAUUGGAGAAUGGGAUACAAUUUAAACAUGAUGGGUGCAAAGGGAAAAGUCUAAUGAAAAGAAAACCUGCAGUGAAAAUUCAACUGGGCUUGAAAGAUACAUGUGCUGAGGAAGCUUUCUUCCUGUUGUGCUCCACAAAAUAGUGAAGCAUUACAGCCAUCAACAAAUCAAACAGUGACUCUUAGCUGUCUUCCUACUAUUUCAUAUAACAAGAUGUGAUGAACUAUGCAAUAAACAAUGGAUCAGCCAACAAGGACAUUUUUCAAAACUGCAGAAAAUAAAUCACUCUUGCAUGAGUAUUCAAAAGAGAUUCAAUAGCACAAAACUAUGAGUAACUGCUGUUUUUUUAUAUCUUUCAAACUGCUCAUGUUGAUACCUCAAUACAGUUCUGACAGGCAGCUACCCAAGGUCAAAGGUACAUUAAUUUACAAACUACACAGCAUUAGCGGAUCAAAUCUUUAUUGCACCAGCUUUAUUUCCUUGCAAUUCAAUCUGAGCGAGAUGAAGGGAACAAACCCAAUUUACAUCUUCAGG